AUGAUCGGAAGAACCGCUUUGGAUGUAAAGUUGAAUGCACAGAAAAACGACAAUCAUGAGUUUUUGGAGAAUUUACAAGUCAUCCUAAAGGUUUUUGAAUAUCGAAUAACACACCCAUGGUUUCUGAACAGGAGUCUGUUUCAGUUUUCGACGUAUAAACGUAAACAUGACAUUAGCCAAAAUACAAUUUACAAUUUCAUCGAUGAUUUAGUUCAGAGAAUAAAUACUGAAUUGAAAAAUAAUAAAAACAGUCAAGGAGAACAUAACGAAGAGUGUAUGGGCUUUAAAUCUAAAUCUUUUAUUGAAAUACUGCUCGAGAAUGAACAUCAGAUGACAUUUAACCAAAUACGAGAUGAAAUAAUAACUAUUAUAAGUGCGGCUCAAGACACAACAGCUUUUACAAAUGCAUGUGCAAUAUUUAUGUUGGCUCACCAUCAGGAUAUACAAAAUAAAGUGUUGGAAGAAUUACUGGCAAUAUUUUCUUCUGGCGACCCAGAUCGACAACCUACCUAUGAGGAUUUACAAAAGAUGGAUUACUUGGAACGUGUAAUCAAAGAAGCUCUGAGACUAUAUACCGUUACUCCCUUGUUGGGCAGAAAAGUCGAAAAGGAAACAAUGAUUGGAGGCUAA